AGAAGGCUGAAGUCACAGGACAAUCCAAAGUGACUUGGUGGAAGAGGGACCGUGAUGGGCAGCGUGUGACCACCAGCAAACGGAGGAAAAGAGGUUCAUCUGCUGUUGGUACCGGUACUUCUCCAUGUGCUAGUUCCACCAUCACAACUUCAUGUACUAGCUACCAAGAUCCUGAUUUUAAUAUGCAGAGGCUUGAGGACCUUCUACGGGAUUCAGAGAGCAUUGAUGGGCAAGAUUUUGCUCAGCAGCCAUCUUUGUCCAGUUGGUGUCAAAGACAGAAAGGGGUCAAACAAUGUUGGCAACAGGCGAGGCCACAAAACCUUCACAACUUGUUGUCAGCUGAGAACAUUGUCCAGAUGAAGUGCAACCACUGUCACGUGGCAGAAGCCAUCAUCCGUUGCAGGGAAUGUUUGCCCUCAGAGUGGUUUUGUGCAGAGUGUGAUCAAUUGGUACAUAAAUGCCACACUCUGCACAGUAGGCAGACCACCAUGUAUGGCUUUUAUAAAUACAUUCCCCCAACAGAGUUUGUGAAACUCCAUGAUGAUAAGUACAUCAUCUGUGAACAAGAUUGUUUGCUGCCAACAGCCUUUCCUCAAAAUAUAUGCUCCUGUGACACUGGUGAUGUUGCAAUCUCUGUUGGUAGAUCCAUCAUACUGGUUUGCAUAAAUGGCCGUUAUAAUCUUCACGUUCCAGUGCUAACAUGCAAACAUUGCAAUAAGCAAUGGGCUCCAGAAGUCAGUGACUUUGUAAGGAGUGGUUACUGGCCCGCUACCAUGCAAGCACUGACACUUUUCCACCAAGAUCUGUUCCAUUCCUUUGAAGCUAUGAAGACAACAGCUCCAGGAAUGUCAGUGAAAGCCUUCACAGCAAUGUUGGACCAGAGAACAAAGCGGUUUGGAAGAACUGGCAAAGUGAAUGCAGAUGCUUUUCAGAGGAGCUUUCUGCAAUAUGUGUACUGCAACUCUGAAGAGGACCAACUUCUGGAAAAGGAGCCAUUUGUCUGUCCAGCCUGUAGUCCUGAAAUGGUUGCUGUUUCAGUGGAUGGCAACAGAAAACUCUACAGGUUCCAGAAAGCAAACCAGAGUGAAGAGCCAGGGUUCUUUGAUGGAGUGUUUUUAUCCCAAGACUCUGAGGUGUCCAGUUUUGUUGAGGAAGUCCGGGGGCUGUCAAGAGUGUAA